UGCUCACAGCACAGUUGAUACGAAAUUUUUGUGUGUGUUUUUUUCCAAUAGUAGACGCUGAUUGUAAGCGACGAUUCAAAUUCGAUUCAAAAUGAAACAGUGCUUAGUUUUGAUUAUUGCCUUGUUCGGAGCCGCAGUGGCCCAAGAAAGCUUCAAAUGUCCAGAUGAUUUUGGCUUUUACCCACAUGAAAAUUCAUGUGAUAAAUAUUGGAAAUGUGAUAAUAAUGUAGCUGAAUUGAAAACAUGCGGAAAUGGUCUUGCUUUCGAUGCAUCUGAUUCGAAAUUCUUAACAGAAAACUGUGAUUAUUUGCACAACGUUGAUUGCGGCGAUCGUACCCAACUUGAACCAGCUAUUUCAACAACACACUGUUCCCGCUUGUAUGGUAUCUUUGCCGAUGAAAAUAAAUGCGAUGUUUUUUGGAAUUGCUGGAAUGGCGAAGCAAGCCGUUAUCAAUGUUCACCUGGAUUAGCUUAUGAUCGUGAAGCACGUGUCUGUAUGUGGGCCGACCAAGUUCCAGAAUGUAAAAACGAAGAAGUCGCCAAUGGAUUCAAUUGCCCAGCACCCGGUGAAGUUUCAAAUGCUGGUUCAUUCUCACGUCAUGCUCACCCAGAAGAUUGCCGUAAAUACUACAUCUGUCUGGAAGGUGUUGCCCGUGAAUAUGGUUGUCCAAUCGGAACAGUAUUCAAAAUUGGUGACAGCGAUGGCACUGGAAACUGUGAAGACCCAGAAGAUGUUCCCGGAUGCGAAGACUACUACGGAGACUUGGAUUUGAAGAGCAUUCGUAAGAGUGAAUUGUUAGCUGGUAUUGCAAGUACAUCAAACAAAGCACCGUCCAAACCACGUCCAUCUGCCGAAAAGGAAGCGUAAAUUAAGGACAAAUCUUGGCUUCCCUUUUCUAUUUAGUUAAAACUAUUACCUUAUAAUCUGAGUCUCGAAAAUAAUUUAUAAAUAUAUUAUUUGACAAUAAAAUGACAACAAAAACAAGAACAUCACACAAACAAAAAACAACACCAACACCAACAAUCAACCGAAAUUUAUGACAAUAUGAAAAAAGAAAUGAAGGCUACAUUGUCGAAAAAUUCGAAUGUGGAAUCACACAUUCAAUUUGCAAUAUCCAACAAAUAAAAAUGGAAAUAAACAUUGAUUGUCUUAUUGUUUCAUUUGAGAAAUCCCUGCAUUUGCUUACUUUCGCAUGAAUAUCUUCCAAUGUUCAAUUCUUAACAUCAUUCUUGUUCCAAAGCAAUCGGACAUUUCGAAACGCAACCAUUGUCAUAAAAUAUGAACAUUUUUGUCCAAUGCAUAAGAUGACCAAAAUGGCAAUCAAUUUUAACUUCUCAUUUUUAUUGAAAACAUUUAUGCGAGACUGUUAAUGUAUAAGAAAACGUGACAUCAUUUAAUGACACAAAGAAUUCAAGAGAAAUAAUAGUCCACCGUCAUCAAUUAAUAAAAAAAAAA